ACUUAAAUUUUAAAAUACACUUCGUUUAUAUGUACUGUUGUACUCGAUUUAUUAAAAAGAAGAAUAAUAACAAAUUCGACACAAAUAAAUCGCGACUAUACAAUUGAACCAGAAUCGCGUUAUGAUUUAAUAUAAUAAUUUGUCGUUUUUAUAGGAUUAUAUUUAAAAGAACUUUUUAGGUUAAGAUUUCACGAAUUCAUUUAUAAACCUAAGAUGAAGCUAAUAAAACAUUUAGUUUUAUUUAGCAAAACACCAAGAUCGUACAGUAUAAGCACACGUUUUCACAGCAGCAAAAAUAUAUUGAAACUCAGUGACCGUGGAAUGUACCAAGAUCUGUUUCCAAACAGUGCAGCGAGUGAGAUAGUAGACUUAGUUUGUAAAUCUCCCCAAUGUGUAUAUGCUGGUUUUGAUCCUACAGCUGAAAGUUUACAUGUGGGUAAUCUCCUUGUUAUAAUCAAUCUUCUACAUUGGCAAAGGGGAGGCCAUAAUGUUAUUGCAUUAAUAGGUGGAGCAACAGGACACAUUGGUGACCCCAGUGGUAAAUCAUCAGAUAGAACCGCUUUGCAAACAAAUGUAAUACAACAGAACAUAGAUGGCAUAAGGAAAAACUUGGAGACAGUAUUUGAAAACCACAAGAAAUACAUUUGGACAAAAGAAGAACAUAAACUUCAACCUAUUGUAAUAGUAAAUAAUGAAUCAUGGUAUAGAGACAUAAAUUCUAUACAAUUUGUUAGUGAAAUAGGGCGUAAUUUCCGAAUGGGCACAAUGCUCCUAAAACAAAGUGUUCAGUCUAGGAUAAACUCUGAAACAGGGAUGAGUUUUACAGAGUUUGCAUACCAAAUAUUUCAGGCAUACGAUUGGCUCCAUUUGUUGAAGAAAUACAAAUGCAGAUUUCAGGUCGGUGGAAGUGAUCAAAUGGGAAAUAUAAGUGCUGGCCAUGAGUUAAUUAGCAGAACUGCAAAAAUUGAUGUUUAUGUGACAACAGAAGAAGGUGACAAGUUUGGAAAAUCAGCUGGUAAUGCCAUAUGGUUAGAUCCACAGAAGACAAGUCCAUAUAGCCUUUAUCAGUUUUUCUUAAGAACAAAAGAUUCAGAUAUUGAAAGGCUUUUGAAACUGUUCUCCUUUUAUAGUUUAGGAGAAAUUAAAGAUAUUAUGUUCAAGCACAAACAGCAUCCAGAACAGAGAUAUCCACAGACAUGUCUUGCAGAGCAGCUAACUAUGUUAGUCCACGGGAAGGAAGGCCUGGAGCAGGCCCUUAGAGCGACAGAAGCAAUCUUCAGUAAAGAUGUGAAAUCACUUGUUGCUCUAAGUUCAAAUGAAUUAGAGCAAGUUUUCACAGGAGCACCAGUCACAACAAUUUUGCUAUCACCGGGUAUUACUGUACUGGAACUAGGAAUGAAAGCAAAUUGUUUCCCUACAGAAAGUGACGCUAUGAGGAUAAUACAAGCAGGAGGUUUCUAUAUAAAUCACCAAAGAAUUAAGAAAAUUGAUGAAGUUAUUACAGAAUCAGCACAUAUAUUACCUAAUUUAAUGUCUCUAUUGCGAGUUGGUAAAAGAAAUUAUUACAUUGUUAGAUGGCAAAUUUAAAUAAAUACAGUC